AUGGUGCAGGGAACAAAAAUUGACGGUCCAUCCCAGGCGGAACAACUCCUCCGCGUAACAUCAGGAAUUGCGUCAGAACUGAUUAAAGCGCACGACGCCAACGAGUCGGUCUCACUUAACGAGAUCCGCUCACGAAUCAGCAAAAAAUAUGUGUUUGGGGGUGUACCCAGGCUUGUGGAUAUUAUCAGUGCCAUUCCUGAUGAGUAUAAGAAGGCAUUGUUGCCCAAGUUGAAGGCGAGGCCUAUCAGGACCGCUAGUGGGAUAGCUGUGGUGGCCGUGAUGUGCAAACCACAUCGGUGUCCGCAUAUUGCGAUGACGGGGAAUAUAUGCGUGUACUGUCCUGGAGGACCUGACUCUGAUUUUGACUACAGCACGCAGAGCUAUACUGGAUACGAACCGACGAGUAUGCGUGCCAUUCGGGCGCGGUACGACCCCUACGAACAAACGCGAGGGAGGGUUGAGCAGUUGAAAAGUCUGGGGCAUAACGUUGACAAGGUUGAGUUCAUCGUCAUGGGAGGGACAUUCAUGAGCAUGCCAGAGGACUAUCGUGGAAAGUUUAUUGCGCAACUGCAUAAUGCACUUUCUGGUUUCACAGGCACGGAUGUAGAUGAGGCUGUUAGGUAUUCCGAACAGAGCAAAUCGAAAGCUAUUGGAAUUACCAUCGAGACACGACCGGACUACUGUUUACGACCACAUCUUAGUCAAAUGCUCCGAUACGGCUGCACUCGUCUCGAAAUUGGGGUGCAGUCGGUUUACGAAGACGUGGCCCGCGAUACGAACCGCGGCCACACAGUACGCGCAGUUUCCGAAUCCUUCCACCUCGCCAAAGAUGCUGGCUUCAAAGUCGUCGCGCAUAUGAUGCCUGACCUUCCGAACGUCGGCGUUGAGCGUGACUUGGAGCAAUUCAAGGAAUACUUUGAGAACCCUGCCUUUAGAAGUGACGGAUUGAAGAUAUAUCCAACACUCGUUAUCCGAGGUACGGGGCUUUAUGAGCUCUGGCGGACCGGGAGGUAUAAGAAUUAUACUCCGAACGUUUUGGUGGAUGUAGUUGCGCGUAUACUGGCGCUUGUUCCGCCAUGGACGAGGGUUUAUCGAGUUCAGCGUGAUAUUCCUUUGCCUUUGGUGACAAGCGGCUGUGAAAACUCUGGGAAUCUGCGAGAAUUGGCUUUGAAUCGAAUGAAGGACUUUGGUGCCGUGUGUCGAGAUGUUCGCUUCCGUGAAGUUGGCAUCCACGAGAUACAUCACAAGGUCCGUCCAGAAGCAGUUGAACUUCUCCGGCGAGACUACACCGCGAACGGAGGAUGGGAAACGUUCCUUUCGUAUGAAGAUCCAGAGAAGGACAUCCUUGUUGGGCUUUUGCGACUGAGAAAGUGCUCGGAUGAAGGUACCUUCCGUCCGGAGCUGGUGAAGAAGGACGGUGACGCAGGUGGGUGUAGCAUUGUGCGGGAACUUCAUGUCUACGGGACCGCUGUGCCUGUGCAUGGUCGAGACCCCACCAAAUUCCAACAUCAGGGUUUCGGCACAUUGUUAAUGGAAGAAGCUGAACGAAUAGCGAGAGAGGAGCAUGGGAGUAUCAAGUUGGCUGUGAUCUCAGGUGUUGGGACACGCGAUUACUACAGAAAGCUAGGAUAUGAGUUAGAUGGGCCGUACAUGAGCAAGUCUUUGUUAUGA